AUGGAAUUCAGAGGAAACCAAGGUUUUGAUAAAUUACUUGUGGAGGGGAUUCAACGUGGAUGGCGUGACAGUAACGGUAUAAUGAACAAAGCAACGGUGGAAUAUAAAAUACUACCAGUCUUGAAUGAAAGACUUGGAUGCCAAAAAACCCACAAGCAUUACCAAAGCAGAAUCAAGUUCUUGAAGGAUCAAUAUCAUUGUCAUGUUGAUCUUUUAAACAACAGUUCAAGUUUUGGAUGGGAUCCUAUCAUGAAAAGAUUUGUGGCUUCUAACGAAGUAUGGAAUGACUAUUUAAAGGGACAUCCAAAUCACAAGUUUUUACGCUAUGCCUCUAGUGAACAUUCUUCAAUUGGCUUGGGUGAUACCACGGAUGCUCACGUCUUCACGGUUGGUGACAUUCAAGCACAAGAAAACUUGAAUUUUGAGGACAUCAAUGAUGAUGUUUAUGUUCAGCAACCAUCCCCAGAAAAUGUUGUUAAAAGGCGUGUGGAAAAACUUAUCUCAAGAAAACGAUCUCGAACCGGCGCAUCUAGCAGUUCAGUUGAGAUAAACACUGAUCAAAGUGACGCUAUGGUAAUGAUGACCAGCAAGAUCCUCACUUUCAUACAGCAGAGAGAAGAAAGACAACAAAAAUAA